AUGUCGACAAAAAGCAGCAAAAUGCCAAGGCAAAAAUCAGCUUCAUCAACAACUGCAAAUACAACAGCUAGCCUUCAAGUUUCAUUACCUCAAAUGUUGGAUCUUGCUUUAGGAACACCUGAAGUAGGAGCUGUAAACUUUAAUAUUCUUCACAAUUUUCUUCACGUUGUGUUGCAUCAGAUUAAUUUAAGAACCACGAAAGUAGAGUACAGAGGUGAAGAUGCAAAACGAAUUAAGACAAUGGUUACCUCCCUAAAAGAUGGACCCAGUCUACAUUUACACGAAUAUAGUAUUACUGACAAUUCCGGUAAAGUAAAACAACGAAUACAUAGCGAUCAGAAUUUAACCGUAAAUGUCGAUAUCUACACUGAUGCAACAGAUAUUGAAGUAAAUAGGAAAAAAGUAAAAGGUGUCAAGCAACAGAUAACUGGAGGAGUGGAGGGAGAAUUAGAGUCUGUAAUUUUUGUAGAAUCAGUGGUGGAUGGUGGCACUCCAACUGCACUGAAUUUUAACAAACUGGAAAAUUCCGUACAAAAAUUGCAGCAACAGUUUCAAGUUCUCGAAGAAUUGGCAACAAAUUCAGAAAUAAUAAAUAAAGUCAAAGGAAACUCAGUGGAUCCUCUCAAAGAUAUUUGGCAAUUUAUUAACAUCAACAAGAGAUUAGAUGCCAGUGAACAGGGAAUUAGUAAAUUAACAUCAAUGCUGCAAGAUAUCAUCAAAGGUGAUAAAGUUGCAUCAGAAAAUGGAGCUGAUCUAAAAACACAAUUGACCGAAAUCGAUGAUAGAUUGUCAAGUCUAGAACGUCUACUGGAGGAAAAAAAUUCAGAAAAAAAAUCUACUGAUAGGCAAUCUUACUCCAAAGAAUCGGAAAAAUUAACAGAUAAAUCUGAGAAAACAGAAUUAGAUACUACUGUGGAAACUGUUGUUGAAAAUUUAAACGAAAAUAACCCAUAUAAUCAAAUUCUGGCUAACGUCAAUAAUCUGAAAAAUGAUCUGAAUCAGGUGCGAAACGACAUUGCGGAAUUACAAUCUAAAUUCACGGAUUCAAAACCAAAUCCCAAAGCAGAUGGAGAAACAGAACCCACAACUCAAAAAAUCAUUGGAAGUGAAAAUAAAAAUCAAAGUAAUAGUUCAAUUGUACGUGGAGAAGAAAACAAUGAUUCUAAAUCGAGGGAAAAACAUGAAGAAGAAACACUUGAGAAACAGAAACCGGAAGAGAGAGAAAAAAGUGAAAAUUCAACAUCCAAAAUUGCUGAUGAAGAAGGAGCUCCAAAUCCCGAAAAUUUGGACUUACGUCUGAAAAAUGUAGAAAAUGAUUAUGAUACUGCUUUAAAGGAACUAAAUAAAAGAAUCGAAAACAUUGAGAAGAGUACAGGAAAUAAUUUAAUAAAUGAUGUCAAUACUGAUACAGAAACAAAAAUUAAUGAACUUGACACUAAAAUUAAGAAACUCGAAGAAGAAAUAAAAAAAUUAAUUCAGACAGACAAAGCUCAGGAAGAUGGAGAAAAUUCCAUCAGUACAAACGCAUUACAAGAGCAAAUCGAAGUUCUAAAAACUAUAAAAGUUGAUAAGGAACAUUUCCAGGAUGCUUUAGCAAAUAAAACCGUAACACGUGAUGACCUCACACGUGGACUCGAAGAAGCUCUUGACAAACUGAAUCAACAGGAAUCAAUAUGGCAACGGGCAUUAGAUGAAAUACAAAAGGAGAUCGAGUGCAAACUUGAUAAAGAAGAAAUUUCCCCUUUCAAAGAAUCAGUUGAUGAUAAAUUUCAACGACUACAGGAAAAAAUGAAAACACUUCUCGAAAUGAAAGAACCAAAUGAAGCAGCAGCAACUAGAAAGAUGCUUAGAGAUGUGCAAUGCUUAUCAUGUGACAAGGAUGUUGUAAUGAGAAUGCAUGACAAUAAUCCAAUGUACGCUAAUGCAUUCUCAUCAAUUAAAAAAAUGCAACUUAGAGCAACACAACCGAAAAAAUUGUCACCGCAAAGAAAAGAUAUGCUUUAUUUAGAAGCUGCACUAAAAGAAGAAAGAAAUUCAAAAUUUAAGAAUUCUUCUUUACCGAGAAAUGCAAAUUUUAGUAAUCGAUAUUGCGGAGGAAGUCACACAAUUAUAUCGCCACAGCAGAAAAUAAUGAGAAAUGGCAAUUUUCUAAAUCAAUGGGGCUCUCAAGUUUUUGAACAUCCAGCUGGUGUCAUUAAGGGAUCUGAUGGAAAAACAUAUUACAGUCGACCAAUGAUUAAUGGAAAUAAUAAUAAAACUGAGCAGAAAAUUUGCGAGCCAUGUGAUAAUAAAUGCUACUCUAAACAACCAUCAAAAGAAAAUAUCAUUUCUCAGCCUAAUCAACAAAAUAUUUCGAAAAAUGGAAGCUACGUAUCUGAAUUUGAAGAAAAACCGGAAGAUAAAGCAUUUGUGGACUCACAUGAAAAUUUUUAUGAACAUUCAAACUAUGAAGACGAGAUGACGUUAAUUAAAGAUCCACCACCUCCACCAUCUUCUCCAUUACAAGAAAAAUUAUCAGAAAACGAGCAGCAAGAAGAUAUAAACGAGGAACAAUUGCGAAAUUCAAGAACAAAUAACGAAGAAUCAAAAUCCAUGGAAAAAAUUACUUUUCAGGAGGAUAACUACUUUGAUGAAGAUGAAGAUGAAAAUGAAAAUUAA